AAAUUAAAAACUGUUAAUCCAUCAUUACUACGGUUGGGUGUGUAUGAUUUAUGCAGGGCUUAAACUUUUGUCUUAAAGUGAGAAGUCCUUUUACGCUUGUCAUUUCGCGGGUCAUGAGAAUUAAGUAGGCCCGUGAAACCUCGUCUUGUGAAGGGGACUAGAACACUGUCAGUGGUCUGAUGCUCCUGUACUGUGAGUGAUGCCUUUUAUAUCCUGUUUAUGUGUAAAUCAGACAUUUACGAUGGGAAAAUUAUUUUACUAAAUAGUGGUGGUUUGAAGAAAGUCGGAUGUCUUUGUUUUGGAAUAUUGUGCAUUGGAGCUCAAUAACCGAUAAUUGUGAUUUUGGAAUUAAAAAGAGUUGUGAUUGAGCUAUGGUGAUUUUUUCAUCGGUUGUUCCUUUUAAAAGAAAGCUGUUAUAUGAUCGAGAAUGAAAAUACAUAAUCAUGAUUGACAUAUCGAUGAUAAAGAAGCGAUGGAAGCGUGUCGUCCUCACAUUAGGCCUAAUUAUCGCCACUGCACACCUGUAUUUAACACUUUUUGCAGUGCAGGAAAGGUCAUAUGUACGAGAAGGUCGGCGCCUAGACUCCUACGUCAUACAAGGAACAACGGCUGGGCAGACGUUCAACUUGCUCAAGGUCACAACAAAGGUUACAAGAGUUGUUGCUAUGGACAAUGACAAAAAUAUCUUUUAUAAAUUAAACCAAAAACAAUUAACAACAAGAAAUCCAAAUCUUACAUCUCCUGCAAUCGAUGUCUCUUCAAAUAAAUCUAAAAUACAACACACAACACAGACUACCAGUUCCAACGUUACGCAGAUACUAAUUAUAGCCUAUAUUCGGAGUGGUUCGUCUAUGACGGGUGAUAUCUUACAGCAGGACCCAGAUUCUUUUUAUGUGUAUGAACCUCUACACUUUACAGAAAAGAUGGGAAAGAAACUUCAGUCCGUGCAACUUUUAAAUGGCAAAUUUGUAACUAUUGAAAGGAAACUAUUCUUCAAUCGAGCAUUUACGAUCUUCAACUCAUACUUUGACUGUGAUUUUUCUAAACUUGACUUUGGAACAUUAGUUCACGGAUUUCAGACAUUUGGAAAUAAAACCAAUAAAUUUAUUAAGUGCUACGUGAGAAAAGUAGGACAGAGCAUAAAUAAAAAACUAGCAACACAACUUUGUGCCGUAGAAUUAGAAAAAAUGUGCCAAAAUUCAAAAUAUCGGACUAUUAAAACCAUAAGACUACCUAUGCAGUACGUAGAGAUCUACCUGAAGAGAUACCCCCGUCUGAAAGUCAUUCAUCUCGUCAGAGAUCCCAGGGCGCAGGUGAAUUCUAUAGUUUCAUUGUCAAAUACAACAAGGUACAAUGUAGGAUUCGCAAAACAAAAGUGCAGAGCAAUGGAGGGAGACCACUAUUUCUCGGAGGUGUACCGGACCAGGUAUCCGGGACGUAUAAAGCGUCUUUAUUAUGAGGACCUAGCGUCUAGUCCCAUAAAAACUUCUAAAUCGCUUUAUGACUUCACGGGCAUGAACUUUACCUCCGCUGUCCGAAACUAUAUAACUGGUAUUACCAGUAUGGGGCUGCACAGUUGUGCGAUUUGUAGCAAACGUGCUAACUCUUCUGAACAUGUGGAAAAAUGGCGCCUAAAACUGACGUUCAGUGAUGUACAUCUCAUUGAUAAAGAGUGUAAGAGUGUCUAUGAACAUUACAGAUUUCUUCCUGUACAAAAAGAGAAGGAUUUAAGUGACCUUUCUAUACCUCUCAGGAGAACAAACUAAAUCUUAUAACAGAAAAUUUUGUUCUAUAUAAUUUUAUUCUUCAAUGAAGAAAACACUUUGUUAUAUGUAGAA